AUGGCAGAAGUUGUAAGUGGUAUCGGAAAGUCCACAGCUGCUGACGAUGCUGGGUGUCUCGAGGAACCUGAUAUGACUAUGAUCAUCAACUCUCUCAGUAAAGCUAUACAUGAACAGAUCGUACUUACCCAGACUAAAGGCGACACGGCAGGAUCGGGUAUAUUUGAUGAAACUGAACAUCCAAUCAUGAAAGCUCAACUGCCUGAAGAUUACAAAGAACGAUGCAUCGACCAGGAGAAUAUCACAAGAUUUUUGGUGGCCUUUAGCGGAGCAGCCAAGCUUACUGCUGGGAGUAUGCUGAUUGUUUCGAUCUUCAUUUCGAGAUUAAUUGUUCGCAUCGGGCUGCGUAUUCACAAUCAUACGUGGAAGCGCAUCGUUAUCGGCACAUCAAUUGUAGUUAGCAAGGUGUGGAUCGACAUACCUGUGCACAAUUCGGAUUUCAAGCUCGUACUGCCGGCUCUUGCAGCUGACGGGCUCUUGAAACUGGAACGAGAAUUAGGUCUCAUGGCAUACAACGUUUCGGUUUCUCGAGAGGACUACGCUUGUCACUACUAUUGUAUCCGCUCAUCAGAUGACAACACGGGGGCCGUUCUCACUUGUGUCAAGGAGUUUGUAAAUACAACCGGACCUUCACCUACCAGUUGCGCAUCUAAACAUGAGCACCUUCCGAUAUUAGACUCUGGAGAAAAUCUUGCGCAUCUUAAUCCCACACUCACUUGGGAUGGAAUAGUUCCCGAUGUGGUGUUUGGGAAGUCGUGCACUCGAUCAUCUGAGACCUUACCGAAGUGGACUUCCCUUACAUCAUCAGAGUAG